AUUUAAAUUAUUGUGAAAAGUUGAUGUAUAUGUGCCGCUAAUACAUAAGUUAAAAUAUAUUAAAAACAUAAAUUGAUAAGAAGUUAUGUAAUUUAAUUCAUCAAUUGAAAAUCAUUUACAAUUGUCUUAAAAUGGCGGUAAAACCAAAUAGGGCGGCGAAUGAAAAAAAAUAUGAUUUGGAAAAAAUUCCGGCACGAGUAGAUCGAGUUAAAGUUAGCGGACUUUUACGCACACAUAAUGACUAUGUUAUGAAAGCCGCCGAAGGCCUUUUCAGCGCUAAAAACUUUCAAGAUGUUAUGCUGGAGUCCAUGAAUGCAAAAUCCUAUCUGCAUGAGCUGGGCAUCUUCAAAGACAUAUAUGUGCGUGUCGAUAUAAGUCGUGGUGAAAAUCCUUCCCCAAACGGUUAUGAAGUUACUUUUACUGGCAAUGAACUAUCAAGAGUAGUGGGAACAUUUGGCACGGAAGUGGGUCAAAACGAAGGUACAUUGCGAUCAGAAUUAACAUUUCCAAAUAUAUUUGGACGUGGCGAAAGUGUUUCAUUACAAGGUUCAUACAGUAGUACCCGAGCAAAUGAUGUGACUUUAAAGUUUUGGAAAUCAUUUUUUCACACAAAAUUCAUAAAAAAUCGACCAGAAAUCUCAUUUUCAAUAUUUCGUCGACUAGACCGCAUGGAUGUUAGUUCAUUUCAAACUUCUAAUCUAGGCUGUAUUGCUGAUUUAUCUUUGCAUACAUGGUUUCCCUUCAAGUUAACACAUUCCUUUCAGUAUGAAAGUUCAAUACGGGAUUUGUCGUUGCUCAACAAAAUGGCACCCUUUAAAAUACGAGAACAUUGUGGUCCUAAAUUAGCUUCACUAUUACGAUAUUCUGUAAUAUUCGAUGAACGCGACAAUCAUGUGUUUCCAACAGAAGGUGUAUUAAUAAGAUCAGUGAAUGAAUAUUCCGGUUUAGGUGGAAAUAUUGCUUAUAUGAGCAAUAGCACACAUGCCGAAGUUAGUUUUCCGAUUAUUGGUAGCUUAGUUGGACAACUUUGCGGUCGAGUAGGCAUUAUAAAAGAAACAAAAAAUACAACAACUCUACCGAUAAAUAAUUUAUUUUAUUGUGGAGGUCCACUAACGCUGCGUGGUUUUAAAUAUGGUGGUGCAGGACCAGUAGAAGAAGGAACACCAAUUGGAGCACAGACUUAUUGGUCGGCUGGUUUACAUCUUUGGGCACCUUUACCAUUCAAUCGAGUCUUUAAAGGAUUAGGAGAUAACUUUCGAACACACCUCUUCUGCAACGUUGGAAAUUUCAAUUCAUUUUCCUUAGAACGCAUGAGAGUUGCCAGCGGUUUGGGUUUAGCAUUUAAAUUAGGUGACCGAGCACGAAUCGAAUUAAAUUAUUGUAUACCUUUAAGAAAAUAUGCCAACGAUAGAGUUGAAAAAAACAAUUUCCAAUUUGGUAUCGGUUAUGAAUUUGUUUAAAUAUUUUGAAAUAGUAUAUUUUUUGGUAUGUAGUGCGUAUAAAUUGUAUAUUUUUUUUGACGAAAUCAAUGCAAACCUAAGGCUUUUAACAAAAUUGUAAAUAAACUUA